AGAGGCAAGGCGCGGGCAGAGAGCCAGGGUGGGCGGGAGGAGGGCAGACUGGUAUCCUCUGGUCUAUCCCCACUUCCAGGACGCGUUUUCUAGGGGGGCGGAGUGUGGACGGCGAGUAUGGGGAACUCCGAGAGGGGCAGUGUCUUGUCACAGGAAGGGAGGGUCAGGAGGGAAAUUUGAAAGAAAAUGUCUCUGGAAAACCCAGGGCUCCGCGCUGCCAGCGCCUGGCUCUUUCUGAAAGAACCACUGAGCAAGAAGGAAAAGCCAGGCCCCUUGGCGGGUUGGCGCUGCGGGGCCUGGAGCCUGAGCCAGGAGGUCUCGGUGGCUGGACCUCCGCCUCCACCCCAUGGGUCAGAGCAGCCUGGACUUUUGCGCGCUCCUGGGAGGGGAUCCGGCGUGCGAUGGGCGGGGGCGGGGGCUGGGCCCGCGAAGGCUGGACGCGGGAUACAAAGCCAGGAGCCACGAGGCUGGAGGCCGGGCGGGGGCCGGAGCAAUGAAUGGGGACGCCUGGGCCAAUCCGAGCGCAGCAUCUGCAGCCGCUAGAGAGGGAGCCAAUUGGAUGCCCGGCCCGGCGGCGGGGACGGGGACGGAGCCAAUCAGCUGGGAGGACGGGCCGGGGCGGAGCCGCGCAGAGUUUCAAAUCGGCUGCAGUGGGCGAGAAGCAGCCGUGCUCGGGUGUGAUCAGCGUUGGUGUCUGGGUGUAGUGGGCAGAAAAGACUUGGCCUGGCAGAUGGCUUCUCGGUGGCAGAGCAUGGGGACCUCCGUGCGCCGGAGAUCUCUCCAGCACCAAGAGCAGCUGGAGGACAGCAAGGAGCUGCAGCCUGUGGCCGGCCAUCAGGAGACCUCCUCCGGGGCCCUGGGGUCCCUGUGCAGACAGUUCCAAAGGAGGCUGCCCCUGAAAGCCGUCAACCUCAACCUCCGCCCAGGCCCCUCCUGGAAACGUCUGGAAACCCCAGAGCCAGGGCAGCAGGGCCUCCAGGCAGCAGCUCGCUCAGCUAAGAGUGCCUUGGGUGCAAUGUCCCAGAGAAUCCAGGAGUCCUGCCAAAGUGGCACCAAGUGGCUGGUGGAGACCCAGGUGAAGGCCAGGAGGAGGAAGAGAGGAGCACAGAAGGGUAGUGGAUCCCCAACUCACAGCUUGAGCCAGAAGAGCACCCGGCUGUCUGGAGCCACCCCUGCCUACUCACCCUCAGGCCCCUGGGAGAAGGCGCAUCACUGCCUCUCUGCCCAGAUGGGCUCAUGUGCCCGCCCGUUACGGCGGUCGAGGCGGGAGGCAGCCUUCCGGAGCCCGUACUCCUCUACAGAGCCCCUCUGCUCUCCCAGUGAGUCUGACAGCGACCUAGAGCCUGUGGGGGUGGGAAUUCAGCACCUACAGAAGCUGUCCCAAGAGCUAGAUGAAGCCAUCAUGGCAGAAGAGAGUGGUGACAUCGUCUCUCUCAUUCAUGGCUGAUGAAGUGCCUGCAGGAAACAAGCCCUGUCUGACCGCCAAGGCUUCACACCCAAGGAUGUCUGUGCUUCCCCAUGCGCUUCCUGGAGGAAGUCUGCAGGAGUCAUCAGUACCCCUGAGCCCCUGCUAAUGAGGACCUGACUAACAAGGGGCCUGGAGCCCCCCUGCUCCGGCCACAUCUGGACCCAUCGAUGACUGCCAGCCAUAGCCCGAGAGUGUCUUGGGGAGAGUGUCUGGCAGAGGUGGGGAGAAUUGUACCUUCUGCUUUCCCAGGGGACUCUCGAGCUUAGAAACUCUAUACACCUGACUUUGAGCUUUGUAUUUGCCUCAUCUGUAAUGUGAAGUGCUAGCAUCCGAUGUUUGAGAGCUCUUAGCCAUGUACCCAGGUGUCUGGUUUUGGGGGUGUCAUCCGCAGAGUCACUCACUGUCUGUGUUUCUGGUGCCAAGGCUCCCGAGGGCCCCACUCUCAUCCCUGCUUUCCCUAUCAGGGACUCAGAGGAGGGCAUAGGAGCUACUUCCAGGCUUAAGACCCUGGGCUCACAGGUACCUAUUUAUAUGCUCGAAGCAGAGCGCUGUGGGUAUGCCGGGAGGGGUAGCCUGUUCAAGAGCAAUUUCUGCCCUUUGUAAAUUAUUUAAGAAAUGUGCUUUGUCAUUUUAUUAGAAAGAAACCAGCGUGUGACUUUCCUAGAUAACACUGCUUUCUCAUAAUGAAGACUGUUUGCCUUUGA